AUGGAAGGAAUCAAGAACGAAGGCAUGCGGGAUUCCCACGCAUUCUUUAUUGAGACGUCUUCGAGUAUCGCCGAGAUAAUCAGCACAGAUAGCAGUAAAGAGAACAGGAGUGUAGUGAGACGCUUACAUUAUGCCUGUGACGUUUGCUCGUUUCCAUGCCGGACAAAGGGGAAUUUAAGAAAACACAUGCAGCUUCACAAGAACACGUGUAAAAUCUGCAACGAGUUAUUCGUCUCAUCGGAGAAGUUAGAACUUCACAUGGUCGUGCAACACGGCGAGCCCAAGUACACCUGCAAACUGUGCUACUCUGUUAUAUGGAACAAGUCAGACAUGAAAAAGCAUUUUCUCGUGAGUCAUUUAGAUCCUUUCUGCAAUACGUGCACCGCUUGCAAUAAGGUAUUCCAAUCAAAAUACGCUAUAGAGAGGCAUAUGUAUAGUCAGCACACGAAGCUCUCGGUGGCGUGCACCAUCUGCAGACGCGUCUACAACAGUUAUCAUGCGCUGAAGGCACACACUAAGCUCAUUCAUCUGAAGACUGGUUACCAGUGCGAGAUUUGUAAGCGACGUCUCCUCUCCGCGGAUUCUCUGGAGGCGCACCUACGACGGCACGAAGGCACGCGAAAUAUGGAUAGUUACAUCUGUACAACGUGCGGCGAGACUUUUCUUACUAAAAAUAAACUAAACAAACACGUGACCAUCCACGGCGAGAUCAAUCCCUAUGUAUGUCCGGUAUGCCAGAAAGCCUUCGAGAAACGGGCAAAUCAGGUGCAACAUAUUUUGACGCAUAUGAGUAACGUUUACGCAUGCGACAUAUGCGGGCUGAGGUACUCACGAAGGGCUGCUCUAAUAUGGCACAGAAAAAUGCAUCCUGGACCGCUCGGGAAAUUGCCGGUUAUACCCGUGAUAGGCAUCGUGAGCGAAAUUUACUUGUCUAUCGUCAGCCGAGAUUUUAAUUUUUGCAAAUCUCCGCAGACUUCUAAUCACUUAGGAAGAGUGGAUCCAUUGAACGUUGAAUCUAAUGUCCAGAAACUUUUCGAAUAUGAACGGACGAAAAGAAAAAAAUCGUUAACAGAACAUGAAGAACGAUUAUCAGAAAAGAUAAACGCGAGCUUAACGAGAGAAGCCCUUAGUCCGCGAAUUGUAACCGAAGAGAAUCGAUUGACUAAAGGGAAGACGACGUGUGUAGAGUGUGAUCACUGUCAUCGCAAGUUCUUGAAGAAGAGUAACCUCGCCGAGCACCUCAAGCAGCACAGACACAAAUGCGCUGACUGCCCUAAGACCUUCAGCCUUCGGCGUUAUCUGAUCUCUCACGUCGAGAAGAAUCAUCGGCAACAAAUGUACGAGUGCAGCGUGUGCAAAUACAAGAGCAACAACAAAGGCACUCUAAAGAAUCACUACAUCCGAUUACAUACGAGCAACUAUGACUACGCGUGCGAUACGUGUGGCAAGCAGUUUAAGAUAAAGAAAGCUCUGAAUCAUCACGUGAAACAGAACCAUAGCGAAACUCCGCCGAUCGUGUGUGACGUUUGUGGUCACUUUAGUAAGAAUCUCCAUGCCCUUAAAGCUCACAUGAAGUAUCGGCAUUAUAAGCCGGAAUUUGUCUGUCGGAUAUGCCAACGGGGUAUGACCACACAGGAGAACUUAGAGCAGCACCUCAUGUGGCAUGAAACCAGGGAGAAGGUACUCUGUCCGACUUGCGGCAAGCGAUUCCGAGGGCGCGACCUGGACUCGCAUAUGAGAGUGCACACCGGAGUAAAGCCAUUUCCCUGUCCUGUCUGCGGAAAGACCUUCCGACGGCAAACUGCUCAAGAGCAGCAUGUGUUGAUUCAUACCGGAAAGAGACCUUACAUUUGCGAUAUUUGUGGUCAAGCGUUUGCCCAAAAACCCGGCCUGAUCUGUCACAGGAAGAGACAUCCUGGUCCAUUGCCUCCGUUACCUGUAGUUUCUAUCAAGAACAUCGUUACGGAAUUUACAAAAGAGUACGCUACGAAAAACGCAGUUAUAAAGAUUGAAUAAGAUAUACAAGACAAAUAUAUAGUUAAUGGGUACAUUUGACGAAAUUAACUGUGAAUAUCAAAUGUUUUAUGAUUACGUCAAGAAUAAUUAAAAAUUUGACAUGAAAAGUGGCGAAA